CUGGCUUUGGUGUGCCAACUGUCCUGAGGACAGGACGACUUUGCGUGCCCUCCGCCAGGGACAAAGCAUACAAGAGAAAGACGGACUUUCACGGAAGCAGUGGAUUGUGGGAGAACCAUGUGGAUGGGAUGAGUAUUUGAGAGUACUGUGUAGAGACUGAGUGGUUUUCCUACUAUUCGGUUUGCAGAUCACUUUUUAUUGUCUUCCUGUUGUAUUUGAAGUGCAACAUGGCCUCCAAAAACAGUGAGAGAUCCGAUGAGCGAUUCAGCCGGAUGAAGCAAGACCCACGUUUCUGGGAGAUGCCCGAGACGGAGCAGAAGAUUAAGAUAGACAAGAGGUUUCAAUCGAUGUUCCAUGACAAGAGGUUCAAGCUCAAGUACACAGUGGACAAACGGGGUCGUCCCAUUAACCACUCCUCCGCAGAGGACCUGAAACGCUUCUACAAAGUGUCAGACUCAGAAGAGUCCGACCAUGAGGAAAAAAAGGCGGCUCAGAAGAUGAAGAAGAAGAAACAGAAGUUAAGGGCCAAAGUGGAUGUUGAAGGUGAUCUUGAGGAAGAAACCGAGCAAGAAAAACCCAAAAAUGAGGCUAAGAAAAAAGACAGCACGCAACUUGUGGGGAACGUGUCUGAAAAGGCUUCAAGGAAAGGAACUGGCAAAAAAAACACUUCACAUUUGAGAGAUCUCCCUGACAGUGGUGAUGGAUCUGAGGGAACAGUACAGAAAUGCCAAGCAUUAAGGGUUUCAGUAGGGGAGAAACACUUGCAGAAGGGUAAAGGAGAGGAGAGCUCAGUCCCAGAGCAGCCCACAAAGAAAUCGAAAGCAAGAGUGACUGUUUCUGAUCCUGAAAAAUCAGUGAAUGAAGAAAAGACCAAGUUCGACACGGAUGAUGAAGAUGACGACUCUGGUGCUGACAUGUCUGAAGUCGAGCAAGAGGAGGAGGAGGGGAGCAGCGAGGAGGAGGAGGAAGAUGACUCUGAUGAAGGGAAGAGCGCGGAGGAUUCUGAAGAUGAGUCUGAGGAGGAGAGUGACAGCGGUCCUGAUCUGGCCCGAGGGAAAGGUAACAUUGAGACCAGCUCAGAUGAAGACGAGGAGGACGAUUUAACAGACCUGUUCCAGCCUGAGGAAGAAUUGGAACAUGACUGGGGAGAGCUUUGGAAAGAUGCUCCUCGAGGUGACAAUGUUACUCGAAGGCUUGCGGUGUGUAAUAUGGAUUGGGACAGACUGAAGGCCAAAGAUUUGCUGGCUUUAUUCAACUCUUUCAAACCCAAAGGAGGAGUUGUGCUCUCUGUAAAGAUCUACCCUUCAGAAUUUGGGAAGGAGCGGAUGAAAGCCGAGCAGUUGCAGGGACCUUUGGAGCUGGUCAUAUUGCCCGAGAAUCCUGAUAAAGACACGGAGGAAGAGAGGCUUUAUCGUGAGAAAAUGAGGGAAUACCAGUUCAAGCGCAUGAGGUACUUCUACGCUGUGGUGGAAUGUGACUCCCCAGAAACUGCAGCUAAGAUCUAUGAGGAGUGUGACGGCUUUGAAUACGAAAGCAGCUGCUCAGUCGUAGACCUCAGGUUUAUUCCAGACGAUAUUACAUUUGACGAGCAGCCAAAAGAUGUUGCGUCAGAUGUUGAUUUGGCUUCAUAUACGCCAAAAUAUUUUAGUUCAACGGCAGUGGCAACUUCAAAGGUGGAGCUGACCUGGGAUGAGACAGACCACGAGCGCGUCACCAUGCUCAAUAGGAAGUUCAAGAAGGAUGAGAUUAUGGAUAUGGACUUCCAAGCCUACCUGGCUUCCUCUAGUGAGGAAGAGUCAGAUCACGAAGCUGAGGAUGCAGAUGAUGAAGAGAAGCGGGCAAAGAAAGCCCCAAAAGAUGAUGCGGAGCAGAUUGCAAAGUACCGAGAUCUGCUCAAAAGCAUUCAAGACAAAGACGGGAAACACCAGGAAAAAGACAUGGAAAUGGAAAUCUCAUGGGUUCCAGGACUCAAAGAGACAGCUGAGCAGCUUGUGAAGAGGAAGCUGGAAGGAAAGGAUAAACUGACUCCAUGGGAAGAGUAUUUGGAGAAGAAGAAAGAAAAGAAAAAACAAAAGAAGAUGGAAGGGACAAAGGCUGCUGUUGGGUCUGAUCUCAGUGAUGAUGACCUGCCUCCUGAUGUUGACCUUGAUGACCCUUAUUUUGCUGAAGAACUGGGAAAAGGAGGAACAGCGCUGAAGAAUAAAAGCAAGGCUAAGAAGAAUAAAAAAUCCAGGGAGGAGGAGAGAACUCCAGAAGAAGAGGCAGAGCUAGAAAAACAAAGGGCUGAAAUGGCUUUACUGAUGGAUGACGAUGAGGAUGAGAACCGAAAGCAUUUCAACUACGACAAGAUUGUGGAGCAGCAGAACCUGAGCAAGAAAAAGAAGAAGAAGCUCUUGAAAAAGAAUGAGCUCCUGGAAGAAGAUAACUUUGAGGUUGAUGUGCAAGAUCCCCGGUUCCAGGCAAUGUAUACCUCCCACCUGUUCAAUCUGGACCCCUCUGAGCCCGCCUUCAGGAAGACCAAGGCCACCCAGAGCAUCGUGGAGGAGAAGAGGCGCCGCAGGGAGGAGGCUGCCCAGAGGAAGGAGAGGGAGCUGGAACAGGAGAGCCCUAGCAAGCUAAAGGCAGGCUCCAAGACAACUAUGGACGCAGGACUCUCCAUGCUCGUGAGAUCCAUCAAGAGCAAAACCGAGCAGUUUCAGGCGAGAAAAAAACAGAAAACAAAGUAGUUGUGGACAGAGAAGGGAAAAAAGGGAGAAAAAGUAUGGCAUGAUAUACUGUAUCUUAACAUGGUUAAGCUCUGGCUCUUUGAGGACAAGGGAGCUGGAGAUAAAAAUCUGUGGCCUUCUCUCUUGGAUGGCAUACCCAUUAUUCCAGCAACGCUGAUUUCAAUGAGUUUUUUCCACUGACAGGGAUAACAGAAGGUCUUGCGUAUGAGAAAGCCUCUAACAAUUCAAGUAAAACUAAACAAGAUGUCAUUUUAACUUAAAACAAAAAGCUCUAAUUUGAAAAUGUCCCAUUGACAUUAUAAUUUUUGGACAUGAAGAUGACAAUAUAUAAUGUAAGUGUCAUGUAAGUAAAGCCUUUUGAAGUGAAACCCCAAUGGAAUGUGGUGGUAUAAGUGCUUUCUUUGAAGCCGCCAAUGUGAACAGCUCAAACUUCGGAUGAUGACUUUUAUGUUGUAUAAAAGACUCUCUGUGCUCUUGUUUUGGCUUCAGUUUGGCCUGAAAGGCAAAUUAGUUGAGUUUAUAUCUUUCCAGAGCAUGCAGACAACAACCAAAGUCACGAAUCUUUUAAACAAACAGUUGGCCAGCAGUGAAGAAGAAAAAUGACAAAGCCCGUAGGACAAACCUAGAGAAUUUUGAGAGCUUGCUCAGAAUUGCAAGAUGCUUUGCAGCAAAAAAGAGUAAUCUACACUAAUCAUUUUAUUAAUGUUUUAUUAUUUUAACUUGGAACCCAUGUUAAUAUCCCAGAGUACUUUCUCAUGUCAUUUGCUGAACCACUUCAGGUACACGAGUCCACUUCUUAAGAAGAGUGUUGCGGUAAUUCCCUUAGAAUCAUGCCGGCAGUAUUUUACCUUUGAUUGAUGUAAAUAUGACAAAAGACAGCUCUUUUAGAGACUUUAUAAUUUGGUACAUAAUAUUAUUUUGGAUAUGUGAAAAAUUUUGACUGUUUAAACAUUUUACAAUAUUCUUGAUAAUUUAAGUUUGACUGCUGACUUAAUAUGGUAGCCUUGUAGCUUAACAUUUUUUAUAAGGGACUCUAUCCAAGACUUCUAUUGUCUGAAGUACUUUUUUGAUACUUACCAACAUAAAGCAUAAAUCACUUUUAAAGAUUGUUUACCACCCUGUAAUUUGAUCCAACAUAAAACACCCCUAGCACUAUAGUCCUGUAUCUGAGGAGCUAUUCACUGCAUUUUACGAGAAAAUCUUUGUGUGGUGCAUCUUUUUUCUCCUUUUUGUGAGCUGUAGUCCACAACAGGAGUAAAAGUAUUUUGUAAACUUAACAUGUUCAUUAUAAUUAAUGAAGUGAAACUGUGGCAGUCAUCCUACUAUAAAAAUCUUUCUCUAAGAAUGAGGAAAAUUAUUUGACUCCAGUUGUUCAAUUGAUUAACCAGGAAUAAGUGUCAAAACAUUUUCAAGUUCUUAAAUUUGUCAAAGAAUACAAAUGUUAAACUACCUGUGAAAUCUAGACGUUUGGGUUUUUUUUCUACUGAACUUUAAAUGCAUCUUACAAUUAAAAAUGGUUACAUCUCAA